AUGUCCUAUUACCCGCCUCCAGGCCAGUAUGGUGGUGGUGGUGGUGGUUACCCGCCGCCGCAACAAUACCCUCCAAAUGGCUAUGGGCCCCCUCCCCCACAACAAGGAUAUCCUCCACAGCAGAACUAUGGCGGUUAUCCCGGUCAGGGCCAGCAACAUCAUCAGCAGCAACAGUAUCAUCAUACCCCGCCGCCUGCUCAGGGCGGUUAUGGCUACGGUACUCCAUCACCUCAGCCUUAUAACAAUGGCGGAUACGAUCGACCUCCCCCUCAAGCGCCCGGAUACGGCCCUCCAUCACAUUCUCCCCAUCCUUCUCAAGGCGGCGGCUACGGCAGACAAGCAUACGGUCAUCCCCCACCCCCGCCAAACGAAUCCGUUGCCUUCGGUCACGGAGCCCCGCAAGGCUACAACUUUCGCUACUCACAAUGCACCGGCAAAAGAAAAGCGCUUCUAAUUGGUAUCAACUACUUUGGUCAAAAGGGACAGCUGCGUGGAUGUAUCAAUGAUGUCAAGAACAUGUCUUCAUACCUUAACCAGGCCUUUGGUUAUGCAAGAGAGGACAUGGUUCUGCUUACGGAUGAUCAGCAGAAUCCCAUGAGUCAGCCAACAAAAGCUAACAUUUUGAGGGCGAUGCAUUGGUUGGUCAAGGAUGCGCAGCCGAAUGAUUCUUUGUUCUUCCAUUAUUCUGGUCACGGCGGUCAAACUCCUGACCUGGAUGGUGAUGAAGAUGACGGAUACGAUGAGGUUAUUUAUCCGGUUGAUUUCCGUGUUGCAGGACACAUCGUAGACGAUGAAAUGCAUCGCAUCAUGGUCAAACCGCUCCAGCCUGGCGUCAGGCUGACUGCCAUUUUUGACUCUUGCCACUCCGGCUCCGCUCUGGAUCUACCAUACAUCUACUCCACCCAGGGUGUGCUCAAGGAACCCAAUCUUGCCAAGGAAGCCGGUGCCGGUUUGCUCAGCAUCGUCUCGUCCUACGCACGCGGCGACAUGGGCAGCAUGGCCUCUGCAGCAAUGGGCCUCAUCAAAAAAGCCACCAAGGGCGACGAUGCAUUCCAAAAGACUCGUCAAACCAAGACCAGCCCCGCAGAUGUUAUUAUGUGGUCUGGCAGUAAGGAUGAGCAGACGAGUCAGGACGCUACGAUCAACGGUCAAGCCACUGGAGCCAUGUCCUGGGCCUUUAUCGCUGCUCUCAAGAAGAAUCCUCAACAGAGUUAUGUGCAGUUACUUAACAGUAUCCGUGAUGAACUUGCUGCCAAGUAUACUCAGAAGCCGCAAUUGAGUUGCAGCCACCCUCUUGAUACCAACCUCCUCUACGUCAUGUAA